AUGGGAAUCAAGGGGGUUAUAUCCUACGACUUCCAAAUUCCAAACUUUUUGAUUGGCGCAUAUUGUAAAAAUGGUCUUCUACGCAAGGCUGAGGCCCUCUUCAACAGAGGAUUAUCAAAAGGAGGUGUUCCUACUGUCAUCACAUGGUGUCAUUUGGCAAGUGGGUAUAUCCAUGAAGAUCAGGUCUCAAAAGCCAUAGAAGCAUUGAACAAGGCAAUGUCAAUCUGCCCGCCUAAAUUUAUCCCUAGCAAGGAGACUUUACGUACCUGUGUAGAAUAUUGGGAAAAUCAGGGAAAUGUGGAGAAGGCUGGGGAGUUUGUGAGGUCUUUAGAGGUGGAGGGUGUCUUUUCAUCAUUUUUUCGUGAAAAGUUGUGGUGCUUCAUCAACAAAUGA